AUGGCCGCCGCUACCAACCAGCCGCACGCCGACCGCGACCGGUUCGAUUUGGAUGGCCCUGCUGCCAGCGCUGCCGCGACCGCCGACCGUAUGCAUGCGCUCGGAGACCAGGGCACCAGCGCAGGCGCAGGCGCAGGCGCAGACGUGGAUCCACGCGUACACAUGAUCAACACCACGACUCUAUCUCAUACUCCACCUCAGCCCAGCGCCCAAACUCACUCCAGCCUCCAGCAUCGCUCCUACUCACGCCCGCCGUCCAGGACCCAGCUACGCUCCGCCUCCGGCCCUCUGCCUGGCACACACACGCUCAGCAGCGCGCGCUCCAAUCCAGUCCUACCCUCGCGGCCGGGUGGGAGCACCGUCAGAGACAUGGCCAGCCGCUUCGAGCACCCAACUCUCUCUGUCAACACCACCCGGGAGCGCUACCGACGCCCGAACACCGCAGCCAACAAGGGUACCAGCGCCAGUGCCACAUCUGGGGCACCACCGCCGCCGAAAUCACCCGCCAGCGGAUCGAGCGUGGAGGGAGGCAAGGAACGAACGCGGCUGCAGAAGAAGCGGCCGGACCACGUACACAAGUCGUCCAAGAAGUCCCCAUCAACGUCAUUCGAAGCGAUUAGCUCCUUCUCAUCCUCGGGCACAACCAUUAGCACGGCAAGGACGACAAGCAGCCAACCUCACGCAGCCUUCAGUCCCAAACGCACCAAGUCACCGGGCAGACAGGCGACGCCUCUGUUUGGAGAGAUCACGGCCGACGGAAAGUGGAACGGUAAUUUCGAAGUGCCCGUAGUAGGCAUUUACGGGCCUCUACCGACCUUUGAAAAGACUCCGAGAAUAGGCAGUGACGGCAGCGUGGCGCUUCGUGCCCGCUCACACUCUCACCAAGAUAUCUCUACGCCAUUUCUAGCACCUGGAUCUUGCAACCCAAACCUUAGCCAUAAACGAAGUCGCAGCGAUAUGGAUGCAUUUCGCCCGGUAAUGGCGCCGAGCAUGCCCAAUCUUGGUCUGCAAGCAGCGCCAGUAUUGUAUCCAACACCACCCGACUCCGCCUCACGAAUAGCUCGAAAACCCAUUUCGCGAUUACCGAUCAGUAAUUCCCGGCAGUCGAAUGACUCCAACACCUCUUCACGACCCGCUUCGGCCAUGUCAGCAGGCCACCCUCGGAAGCUAUCCAAAUCUCCAACGAGAUUGACUGCCGCUACAGGGAAAGAGAACGCCCGACCGGCUUCACGAGCUCGAUACUAUCCUGCACCAAUAUCCACCGCAACAAAUCAGACUCUUUCAGCCAAGAUUGUUGCGCCUAUGCCAAAAACAUCUCCGCCUCUUCGAUCAUCUCGGCCGCGACAGCCUGUCAGCGCAGCGACAACUUCUGCAAGCCGGGCAAGAGCCGCCGAGCGCUUUCAGCCAAACACGCAAACACCGCGUGAUGGCAGACGGCCGAGUGAGCAGUGGCUGGGCAAACCAUAUGAUCCGCAAAAGGAACGAUCGAGGAGGAAGAUACCAGAACUGGGCAAAAUUGAUUUCGAGGGUCGUAGGAAUGAGAUACAGAGGAAGAUCGCUGCCUCUCUAAAGUCUACUCAGUCUCAAGAUAGCCUACGAAGUCAGUCAAGAAGUGCUUCGCGCAGUCAGACAAGAAGUGCUUCGAGAGCAGGAGUGCCCUCGCUUGAGAAUAGUGCUCCAACUACGGCCGGUGCAGAAAAGCAACCUGGGGAAAGUCCCCAUAUAAAUACGGAUGCUCAUGACCUAAGCGUGAAGACUGCUGGGGUUUUGGAAGCUUCCAACGCCGAUAACGAACCUCUCACCGCCCAGACAGAUAGGACAAUGUUUGAGGACGAUAGUCCGGUAGACGGCCCGCCCACUGCGACUACGGCGCAUGACAGUCCCAUGCUGCUCUCUGCCGCAACCUACCAGCCUCCAAGUAAGACAUCUGCGUCCGCCCACGCGAAGGCAUUGCCAUUGGACGUUGAUAUCUCGAAGGAUGCACACCCGCAGAAGGUGCAAAGUCCCAGUGUGCUUGACAAUGUCAUGCGUAUGCGAGAACGCAGCGAAUCUUCAGCGUCGAGAUCUGGCACCGAAUUCGCUGACGAUAGUCCGUCAGCUGAAGACAGCCAUAGCGACUUGGGCGAUAAGUGGGGUCUUGGAAACGGCGUGGGAGGAGACCAAGGCUCAAUCCGGAUCAUGCUCGAUGAUGACCCAAACAUUCACAAUCCGGAGCCGUGGUCCAAGGAUGUGGGGAGGAACCAUUUUGAGGAAUCUCAGCGGCAUCUGUCCCAACCUGAGCACGAUGUUUAUCACGCGCAGCAGCACAACCAGCACGCGUUUGCUGCCAAUGGUUACGUGGAGUCGCCCACUGAUACAGGUGACUACCCUGACGAUGAUAUCGUGACCACACCACGGAGAUUCUUGUCACGCGACGAUACCCUACGAGCGACCGACCAUCAUUCAGGUACAGCGCCGUCAGGGGACGAGGGGACCGCACAGACCGAUGACACAAUCGCCCGAGUAUUGGAUCACUAUCGGUCGACGGGCACUGUGACUGCAGAAAUGCUUGAACAAAUGCAGCAUCGCAUGGUCGACCUUCACCGAAUUAGCGCGAAUGGUGGCUCGAACGGAAUAAUGAUUCAGAGUCUUCUCGAUAGCAUACUGGACCUGAGCCAGCCCCCCGAGCAGCACAUUCCCGAGAAACAGAUGUUGCAGCCACAGACGUACGAGAUGCCAACGGUGACUCCUGAUACUCCGCCAAUGGACGACGGAUUCGUUCCAGGCACAGUGAUUGUAUAUGGCAAUGAUGCAGAACCUGAGGCAGAGGACGAGGAAGACUUCGAGGCAAAGAUCAGGAAGGCUGAUGAAGCCUGGGAGCGCCAACAAAGAGGAGAAGACCCAUUUGCGCCGCAGCAGGAAGAUGAGGAUAGGCCUCCGCCUCCUCCCAAAGAUUAUGGCUAUACCCCCAGAUCAAGCAUUGGACCUCCGAGUGCGACUUACACACCUCUCACAGAAGCAGGUCUGAGGUUAUCUACAACGGGUGCGUUGAACAUCGAUGACAUCCAUGCUGCAGCAGACCGGGCAGGACUUGAUCAAGCAGAGGACAUGGUACAAUCGCCACACUCUACUUCUGCACCUCCUUUGCCAGGACAUGCGCCUCCGGCUCCGCCGCCAGACUCAGCAAACAAGGCAUCAUUCAAUCUUCCAGACUUGGCCGGCGCCAAAGCGUAUUCCGAGCGUGCUUCUAGCGAUAUGUCGCCUAGAUUUCACAAGCUCGGUCCUUCUGGCAGCUCCAGGCCUUCGAUGGACAGCCAACGCAAUCCUGCAGGUCUGCCAGGAUCCCAAUCCAUGACUUCCUUCGGCGAAUCGAACAGACAAGCUUCGAUGGAUACUGGUGUCACAGGGUCGGCCAAGAAGUCGGCUUCGCCAGGACCAGAGACGAAACGGCUACUCAAACGACGGCACACGAUCAAGGAGCUGCUCGACACUGAAAGUUCUUACCACCAGGAUCUUAAGAUCAUCGAGGACAUCUACAAGGCUACCUGUACUCCAGAGCUCGUGGCGCCUGACGACAAGAAGAUCCUGUUCGGCAAUUGCGACGAGGUGGAGAAGUUUGCCUUGCACUUUUACGAUGAAAUGAGGAAAGCGGCGGCGCAGGUCUAUGUGCCUACAAAGCACAACCGCUGGCUCAACAAGCGCGGGUCCUUCUCUACCACUCAGAGCGACAACACUUCGAGCACCUUCUCAGAUGGUGUCGAUGACGACAAGGACAGAACCACGGCGAUUGGGCGCACCUUCCUUGUCAACCUCGCUAGAAUGGAGCAAGUGUAUCAGACCUAUCUUAGAAAUCAUGGAGCUGCCAAUCAGAGGCUGUCAGCGAUUCAGAGCACGCCAACGGUAAAGUGCUGGCUCGAUGAGUGCCAUGCCAAUGCGAGCGAUAUUACUUCUGCAUGGGAUUUGGACUCAUUACUGGUCAAGCCGACGCAACGUGUGGCCAAAUAUCCGAUGUUGCUACAACAACUGCUUGAUGUCACUCCGGCUGAUCAUCCCGACUAUUUGGACCUGAAGGCUGCAGCAAAAGACUCCAUCGCGAUGCUUACGCGCAUCAACGAGGCCAAGAAACGUGCCGACUUGGUGGAGCAGAUGGUCAACCCAGGAAAGCGAAAGGAGUCUGAUAUACGUAGCGGCCUCGCCAAGGCAUUCGGGCGUCGUACGGAGAAGCUGAAAGAACGCGUUGGCAUUGCUGAAGCAUUCCAGGAUCCUGACUUCGACGAGCUGGCACAUAAGUUCGGAGGACAUUUCAUUCGACUGCAGAUAUGUAUGCGAGAUGUGCAGGACUACAUGCAUCGGACGGACAGGGCAGUGGAACUCGUCAACAACUAUGCGGCCGCACUGGAGCUUUUCACGGACGUCUCUCCAAGCGCCCUGCCUGAGAUCGAGGUCAAGUAUCGCAAGUACGGGCAGAUCAUCCGCGAUCUCACGUUCAUCGCUUUCGGCGAGCACAAAGCAGAGGUGCAAAAGCGUGUACUUGCCCCGAUGAUCCAAUGCAUCAAGCUACACCAGGGUCCGCAGAAUGCGAUUAACAAGCGCAAGAAGAAGAUCGUCGACUACGCCAAAUGCAAGUCUGAGGAGAGACGAGGUCAGAAGCCAGAUAAGAAAACGGUGGAGGCUGCCGAGAUGUACACGGCGCUGAACGAUCAGCUCAAGCUCGACUUGCCCAAGUUGUACGGCUUGACGGCACAGCUGGUACAGAAUUGCCUUCACUGCUUCAUCGACAUCCAAAUGAAGUGGCAGUCCACAUGGGAAAGAAAGCUAAGACCAGUGCUCGAAGCGGCAGACAUCCCGAUCAGUGUGCAGCAAAUUGAGCCCGCAUUCCAUCCCGACUUUGUGGAAAUUGAGAAGCGAUGCAAUCAGCUGUCGAUAUGCAACGGCACGCUCAAGAUAGAGGCGGCAAAUUUCCUGUCGCCAACCAUUGCAUACCCUGAGACGAAUUCAGAGGCCUCUUCUGCCAAGCGAAGAACGACGAUGGAUAGCUCGAAGCGCAGUCUCUCUGUGACCAGCGAGUCAUCCACCAAUCCGAACACGCGGCGCCACAGCGGCAUCUACACUCCCGGGUCAGAAAUGCAAGCGCCACCACUAUCAUCGGACAGCCGCCUGCGGUCGAACUCUGCUUUGUCGACGCGUGCGCCGGCGGCACAAACGCCAGGUUCCGCGGUGUCAGCAAAUCGACCGUGGUCGAACUCAAAUGUGGCAACACCGAGCUCUUCGUUCUCGGCGACAAGGCCUGCGACUGCAGAGACGCCUUCGAUGACACCACAAAGCUACUUUCCCAAGCACAGCAAUGAGCACGGGCGAAUCACGAGGCCGACUUCCGAUGCAAAAUACUACACCGCACGACCAGCACAUAAUUCCGACCAGAUUGAGCAGCAUCGCUUCUCGGGACUGUUCAAUUCGGCGCUGCCGCCAGAGCUUGGCGGAGCACAGGAUAAGCCUCCUUCGCCAAGCAGAGCGGCUCCGGACGACAUGAAGGUGCUCUUUGUGUGCGCAAGCCUUUUCGAGUUCAGCAUCCACAAGACGAGGAAGGAGGGUGGGUAUCCAUACUUGCAAUACGUGCAAGGCGAAGUCUUCGAUGUGGUGGCGCAGAAAGGCGAGCUCUGGCUGGCGAAGAACCAGGACGACCCUACCAACGAGCUUGGCUGGAUCUGGGAACAGCACUUCAUCAUCCUCUCCGAAGAGGCCUAAUAGCCUAGAUUGCCGAUGAAGGCACAGGCUGACUGGGCAUUGAGAACAGUCAUAAUCCUUUCUCACAUGAUACUACGAAUUUACGCGUGCACCUCGAUUCCGACAUUAUGUAUACACAGUAGCGGAGGCGUUUUCGGAGCUCGGAGCCUACAGGCGCCUGACAUACGAGCGAGGGAGAGAGGGCAGAUGGACAAAUAUUCUCUUUGUUGGAAUAGAUCUUACGCCUCUCUAUAAUCAGAGCAAGAGGCAGAGGCAGUGUUGGCAACAUGACGCGUGUCGGCAUUAUUGGAAUGAGGCGGAAUAGUGCCUUGUGUAUAGCCAUAGCCUCCACAGUAGCAUAUGUAUAUUAGACGACGAAAGACAAAGAUGAUGGAUGUGUUCCGAAG